CCUUGAUGAAAGUAAAAAAAAGACUGAAACGUUUCUCCUCUAUCGUCUUUCCAUUUUUCACCGCUUAUCUGAAACCCUAGAAUUCGCCCCCAAUCUCUAGGGUUCUUACGCUCAUCGAAAAUUGAGAAACUUUCAUUUCAGGGUUUGUGAAAUUUGAGCUUCUGGUCGUGUAAUUGGCAAUGGAUUUCGACAAGGCGAAGCUUUUCAUCGGUGGAAUUAGUCGGGAUACGAGUGAGGAUGCUCUCAGGGUUCACUUCAGCAGGUACGGAGACGUUGCUGGUUCCCUCGUUGCCAGAGACAAGACUACCAAGAUUCCGAGAGGCUUUGGCUUCGUUUGGUUUUAUGACCCCUCAUUUGCUGACAGGGCGCUUCGAGAAACCCAUGUUAUAAUGGGUCGAACGGUAGAAGUCAAGAAAGCAAUCCCCAGAAGUGACCAGCUUCAAUACCACCACCAGCAACAAAAUCUCAAUCAACAGAAGCACAGUGAGAUUGAUAGAAACAGUAGCAGUGUUAGUAGCAAUAACAUUUCUGUGAGGACCAAAAAGAUAUUUGUUGGGGGUUUAUCAGCCGAUUUGACCCAGGCACAGUUCAGGAACUAUUUUGAGAGGUUUGGUAAAAUAGUGGAUGUUGUUGUCAUGCAAGACAGCUCAACGAAUCGACCCAGAGGGUUUGGAUUUGUUACAUUUGAUGCUGAGGAAUCUGUGAACAAGGUUAUGCUCAAUCCUUUCCAUGAGCUGAAUGGUAGGCAGGUGGAGGUCAAGAGAGCAGUGCCAAGGGAUGAAGUGACUAUCAACAGAAAUAAUGCCUUGGGAAGAGAAAAUACCAAAGGGGGUUCUUCUAGUAGGACUUCUGAUCAGGGAAUGCUCCAAUCAUAUUCAUAUGGUUCUGGUUAUCAGCUUUACCCAACUUAUGCACCAGUUUCAGCUUAUAUGGGUGGGUAUCCGUAUGGAACUGGAUUGUAUAGUAGUGGGUACCCAGUGUUUGGAUAUGGUAGAGGUGGCUAUGGAAUUGCACCGAUGGCAACUGGGAGCCCUUGGAGCGGUCCCCUCAUGGCUGGAACCAGCUUCAGUCCUUAUCUGUAUCCUGCUUACCCUAAUGGUGGAUAUGCUGAUUUGAGCAGUAUGGUUCUUGGUGGCACUGGACAUCAAUUGUCUCAUAUGGUAGCCCCUCAGGUUGAAGGAGUCGCUUUGCAAGUUCAGUCUUUAAGUUUGAAGGAUGGUGCUGCUGGGAGUGCUUCUAGCUGAGAGAACUGCGUGGGGGGGCUCUGGGUUAUGGAUAAUUGAAGCCUAACUACUGACAGCCCUUUGCACAGUUUCAAUGGGGGGCUUAGAACGAUUGAUGAAUUCUUUCGCUGAUAAGGUUAGAGCAGUCUAAUUGUCGAUGUUUAGAUGUUUGUUUCUUAUGUGCGUAUGUUGUCAUCAUGUUUCUCUCUCGUGGGUUCCGAGUUCUGUAAGUAAAAUGAUGAUUCAACCGUCUGUAAUAUAAAGUUCAUUCAGCCAUUCUCUCUCAAUUACCCGCUGCCAAAAUAUCAUCACAUCCUCUUCUUCUCUUCUGGGUUGCAGAAUGUGGCU